AUGGCUGAGCCUCCCAAACAACAAGGUCAGCUCAAGACAUCCUCCGAGGACAAAGAAGAAGACAACGACAGCAGUAACCACCAUGGCAACAACGCCUCAUCUUCACCAUUGAUCAUUCAGCAGCAGCAACAAGCAUUGGAACCGCAACCUCUUGCCGAUCGUGUCUCGGGCACGGACGACGGACAGGCCACUCUGACUCCUUCUGCCACGGCAGUCCCACCCAUUGCGUCUUUGCCACUCAUGUCAGUUGUCAGACAGAAUAACAUCAAUCACAGCAACAAUAGCAACGUGGAGGCUCAUUCAUCUUGUGCCUCGGACGCACCAGUAAUACAGCAACGACAACCAGAUCACGAGAUGGCCAUUGUCGCCGAAAGCAUGGCGCAGGCGUCCAUUGCUCCGUCCGCUUCCAAUGGCACAGCAGCCGAGUCGGGCAUCAAGUUUGACGCUGUCAUGGCGCCUGCUGCGCCUCUGAUCCCCAUUGCCGCUGCUCCCGUCGUCAAACAACCACCACAGGAGAGUACUAGUAGUCGCAAGAAGAAACGAACUCCAGCUCCUCCUUUGCAACGCGGUCAGGCAUCGGGAAGAUGGACUCAUGCCGAACACGAAGCCUUUCUGGAAGGGCUCAAGGUGUACGGGAGGGAAUGGAAGAAGGUGGCCGUUCGAAUUCCCACACGAACGUCGGCACAAGUUCGUUCUCACGCCCAAAAGUACUUUUCCAAGUUGACGCGAGACGAACAAAUCAUGCAACAAGAUGCCGUCCAUCAUGCAUUGGAUGCUGCCGCGGCAUCGGGUGCGUCGACAACAUCGACGACCUCUUCGGCGGCUGCUUCGGAAGCCACGGCAGCGGCUCAGACGUAUCCUCCUUCGGUACAACGCAACGUGCAACGCAUCCUGGCUCAUCCAGAACAAGCACAGCAAGAUGUGGAGGACACGUUACGUGCACUGCGCGAGCGAUAUGCUCAUUUGCAGCAGCGAUUGCGAGAACAUCAACAGAACAACAACAAUCGUCACGCACAUGUCAUUGAAGAAGAAAAGGAAGCUGCUGCUGUUGCUGUCGAAGAACCAGUCCGCGGCAAGCGACGACGACCCGAAGCGGGAGACGAUGCUUCCAUGUCGUCCUCGACACUGUCGUCUUUGGGCAAUGAAGAGCUGAUUGCUCUGAGUGUGUUAGGCGCCACUCUACCCAAUGCUGCUGCCGAACAACAACAUCAACAAGAAGAACAAAGACAUGCUCGUCAGCGAUCCAAUUCCUCACUCGAUUCCACAUCCUCCACCGGCAGCAGUGGCGGAAAACGGAAACGUGAGGAUGCCGCCAAGUAA